GUUGUUGAUAUGUUUAAUUUUUGGCGGCAAUGGAAAGUACAUUUUUGUCGUCGAAUAACAUAAAUUUAUUUAAUAAAUCGUGCUUAGACAGAUUAAUAAGAGAAAGACAAUCAAAAAAGAUAGAAACGGGCCAUAAAAGUCUGGACAGACAUUUGGGCGGAGGAAUUUCGUUGCGCCAAAUUACAGAAUUGGUUGGAAAUUCCGGUACCGGCAAAACAAAAAUGUGCCUGCAGUUAUGCUUGAAUGUGCAAAUACCGAAAUUCGCUGGCGGACUGGAGGGUGCUGCUCUUUUCAUAGAUACCCGACAGGAUUUCCAUCCCGACAGAUUGCAAGAACUGGCCAAAGACCUGGAGAAGGAGUAUAAGCAGAGAGCACCUGACUUUCAGGCGUCCAAAAUGCUGCAAAACGUCCACUACGUGAGCUGUCCCAAUGCAGUCCAGUUGAUGGCCACCGUCCUGAGCUCAUACCGUCACCUGAUUGCCCAUCCAAAUAUAAAAGUGAUUGUGAUCGAUUCGCUAGCGUUCUCCUUGCGCAUGCUGGACGAUGGCGCCCAGCGCUUUGAGCUGCUCCUGGAGCUGGUCGAAAGUAUGAGGCAACUGCUGCGCGAACACGAAGUGGCCUGGGUCGUCACCAAUGUGCUGACGCAUCGGUGUAUCGGCGACCAAUUCCAUGUCGUGCCCGCCCUGGGGGAAAUGUAUUCGCACUUGAUCAACGAGCGCAUCUGGUUUUCACGGAGCGGCCAGUGCUUUCUGGGAAAGUCGUGGAAAACUAGCAGAUUAAUCAAGGAUUCGAGGUGAUCCGGCAUCUGGUAAAUUGUGGUUUUACUUUUAGUUUCAACUAACGAUAUAGAUAAUGAUAAUGGAUAAUAGAUUGGCGCAUUUUCAUACGUUGUUCAAGGCUUAA